CAGUUAGCCCGGCAACAGGCGCGAAAGGGCGACGGAGGGAACGCAGGCGUGUUCGGGAGAGCGCUGCGCGCAUGCGCCCGGAGAAGCAGGGAGACAUGGAGUACUGUCUGGCGGCCGCGACGCUGAACGGGGUGGACCGGCGCUCACUGCAGCGCUCGGCUCGGCUGGGGAGGGAAGUGCUGGAGCGCGCCAAGAGAAGGGCAGUGAACUGGCAUUCCCCGGAGCGAUCCAAAGGCAGCGUGGGGGUCCUUUACCGCCAGGAGCCCUACCAGGAACGAUGGUCGGUCCCCGGUCCCCAGCGCCUCCUAGGAGAGAGAGAAGAAAGGCGCCCAACCCUUAGUGCUUCCUUCAGAACAAUGGCUGAAUUCAUGGACUAUACUUCAAGUCAGUGUGGGAAAUACUACUCAUCUAUGCCAGAAGAAGGAGGGGCAACCCACGUCUACCGUUAUCACAGAAGGAAGCCUCCAGAAAUGUACAAGUACUCAGACACAGGACAUGGUCAAGAACAGAGAAACAGCAGAGAAGAGGCAUCUGUUGGUCCAGGAAGUAUCUACCAAACAUCAGAGCAUUCUCAAGAGGCAUCCUGGCCUGCUGAGGACAUCUCUAAGGACCUCUACAUAGAAGUGUAUCCAGGGACCUAUUCUGUCACUGUGGGCUCCAGCCCUUUAACCAAGAAGACUCAUGUGGUCGAAGUUGACUCGGGGCAAAGUGUGGACUUGGUCUUCCCCGUGUGAAGUUGACCAUCACUGCCAUCAUUUUGCUCUUUUUUAGGUAGCAAGAAGAAUAAAAUCACCUUAUAAUUGUCUUAAUAAUGAUCUAUUGAUGCUGCUUUUAAUGCUGGCUGUCAGGGGGCAACCUUUGUGAGCCGGAGUCUAUCUCUUUCAGAGCUCAUUUUACCUUGAGAUUGAUUAUAGAAGUCCCCCACCCUUGUGUGCCUGAAAACAAUAAUGCAAUGGUGCUGUCUGAACAGCUCUUACUACUGGCUUUCCAAAUAAGUGUUAAUUAUGAUAAUAAAGGGAGAGAUUUGGAACUAAAAA